GUGGAUAAAAUCCUUCAGAUGGCAGAUAACAGUAAUUCAGAAGAUGUUCCUUCAGAUUCCUUUGAAACUGCUAAAACUGACAAAGAAAAACUCACGGACCAGGUGAUGCAGAAUCCCCAAGUGCUGGCUGCUCUCCAGGAGCGACUUGAGAAUGUGUCCCAUACACCUUCAAGCUACAUUGAAACGUUACCCAAAGCGGUCAAAAGACGCAUCGAUGCUUUGAAACAGCUUCAGGUGAAAUGUGCUCACAUUGAGGCCAAGUUCUAUGAGGAAGUGCAUGAUUUGGAGCGAAAAUAUGCAGCCCUUUACCAGCCUCUCUUUGAUAAGAGACGGGAUUUUGUCACUGGUGAUGUUGAACCUACAGAUGCAGAAUCAGAAUGGCCCAGCGAGAAUGAAGAGGAGGAGAAACUGGCUGGAGACCUGAAGAGCAAAGUGGUGAUUGCUGAUAAAGAAGCUUCUGCAGAUGAGCCGAACCCCAAAGGAAUCCCAGAAUUCUGGUUUACAAUCUUCAGAAAUGUUGAUAUGCUGAGUGAGUUAGUCCAGGAAUACGAUGAACCGAUUUUGAAACACUUGCAGGACAUUAAAGUCAAGUUUUCAGAUCCCGGACAGCCCAUGUCUUUCUCCUUAGAGUUCCACUUUGAGCCCAACGACUACUUUACCAACUCUGUCCUGACAAAGACCUAUAAGAUGAAAUCAGAGCCAGAUACGACAGACCCCUUUUCCUUUGAAGGUCCCGAAAUAGUCGACUGUGAGGGGUGCACUAUCGAGUGGAAGAAGGGCAAGAACGUGACAGUGAAGACGAUCAAGAAAAAGCAGAAACACAAGGGCCGAGGCACCGUGAGGACGGUCACGAAGCAAGUCCCCAAUGACUCCUUCUUUAACUUCUUUAGCCCCAUCAAAGUAUCUGGGGAUGGAGAGUCACUGGAUGAAGAUUCAGAAUUUACAUUAGCCUCAGAUUUUGAAAUUGGGCACUUCUUCCGCGAAAGGAUAGUUCCGCGUGCAGUCCUUUAUUUUACUGGGGAAGCCAUAGAGGAUGAUGACAACUUUGAAGAAGGCGAGGAAGGGGAAGAAGAGGAAUUGGAGGGUGAAGAGGAGGGAGAGGAAGAUGAUGAUGCAGAGAACGAUCCCAAGGUGUAAUUUUUGUCUGUUUAUCAUUCAUAUCAUAGAGAGAAAGCGGCCAGCCUGCGGAGUGCAAGCAGCAGUGACGCGUGCGGACGCGCGCCCCCUUGGGAGAGGCUGGGCCACCUCGGACGACCGGAUGCCUUGGGAUCCCUGGCCUGUGGCCUGGGGUGUUCACUUGCUGCAGCACCGUCUCACUAACAACGCUUACGGUUAACUUGUUUUCAAGUGCGUGGUUUUCACUUACACUUUUUUUCUUUUUGCCUAAUUUGUACAGUGGUAACUUUGAUGCAUUUCGCAAAUAGGAGGUUUCAGUAAAGCGCCCUCUCUGCCUGCCGUUGCCCACCUGUGAGCUGGGCAGGGGCACACACAGGUGCCAGAGCGCAUUUGUAACUUGGUUAAGACAAAGAGGAGGUAGGACACGCACAUACACGCAUGCACUCCACACACACACACACACACACACACGCACUCCCCCCCCCC